CGUUUAGCAGAAGAUAUUUGAUGAAAUUAAUUGACAGCUUUGUUUUCCUUUAGUUAUUGUAAAGUUACUAGUUAGUUUGAUCCUAUUUUCACAUUUUCAAGAAAGUUCAUAAAUAUUUUAAUAUCUGCUAUGUCUGGAAGACCAACUAGACCAAGCAGGAGUGAAGGAGCAGAUUUUGAAAGAGAGCAGCUACUAGAUAAUGUGUCUGAUGAUAGUGAUGAAGAUUUCGUGCUCAAUAAAAAAGAUGGAGGACAAUUUUCAAACAACAAGCUGAAAGAGGUAAAAUCCCAGGUGGAAGAGGUCACUAACGUUAUGAAGGAGAAUGUGCAUAAGCUGUUUGCCAGAGGUGACCAGCUGGAUGAGCUGAAUGAGAGAUCAGAAAAUUUAAGAAGUGCUUCCGAUGAAUUUCACACUGCUUCCUCAAGGCUCCGUAAAACAAUGUGGUGGAAAGAGAUGAGAACUCGUCUCAUUCUAGGAUCACUCUGCGGUCUAGUUGUGCUAAUUAUGAUAGUGUGGCUAUCAGUCAAAUACCAUUGAUCAGCAAGAAGAUUUUCAAGAUAUCCCCAACCUGUCGACCGGUAUUACUAGGCGUACAAGUUGAGUCCAUCAAAAUCCGCAAAUUCAAAUAUUGAAAGGUGGGGUUUGCACACUAUAGUCAGAUGAAUGGAUGACAAUUUGAAAUAUAUAUUUGAUUACUAUAAAUCCACUUAACAUUGUCUUGUGGAAUCGAGUGAGAUUGAUAAUGUCUGUCACAGAAAAAUGAAAAAAAAAAGUAUCAAACACUUUGAUGAACGGCUGAUCAUUUUCCCAUUGUAUUUCACCUUUUACACGGUUUAUAUAUCAAUUGAUGAAUACAGAACCGAUGGUAUUCCACAUAUA